AUGCUGGGGAAUAGAUCUAGACCAAUGAGCAGUAAACAGGGUGUAACGGGUCCUCCAAGAUUCUUCAAUGGAAUUUUGUCAAAAGCUAUGCAUGAUGCAGAAAGUUUAAUCAGCCCAAAAUCAAUUCUUGAUUACCAAAAUUCACCAAAUUUUCACAACCCAUUAGGUUAUCAUAAAAACCUGUCAAAACACACAAAUUAUUUUCCAGAAAUCAGCAAUAAAUUGGAGUCAGAAGGGAUUGGGCUAGCCAUGAUUGACUCUCUCAAUCAUCAAGAGAACGAUGAAAAUGUUUCUAAGCCAAUUAGCAGAAUGAUUUUGGUUGGAGCGAAACUCAACGUAAAAAUUCCUUCUGAUAAUCAUAUCCAUACCUCUGCACCUUCUCCAUCGGAAUCGCCGAAUUCUCCAGCUGAUUUCGGUAUCAGUACUCGAAAUUCUCCGGUUUUAAGCCCAUUUUCGCUGCCUUCUCCAGCUGAAUUGCCCAAAUCCGCAGCUGGUCUUGGAAUCAAGACUCGAAACUUUCCAGUUUUAUGUCCACUGCCUCCACAUUCUCCAGCUGAAUCCCCAAAAUCACUUGCUGAUUUUGGAAUCAAGACUCGAAUUUCUCCUAUUUCAAGUCCAAAUUCAGGUAUUCAUGCCAAGAAUUCACCUCAAAAGAAAUCUACUAAGCAACUUUCAUUGAAAGAUAUGAAGCUUUCUGAGGAUUAUACUUGU